ACCCCCAGUUCCCUCUGCAUUUCCCAGCCCCUCUCUCCCUUGCAGACGGGGGGGACGAGGAUGACUAUGGCUGCAGCGGGGAGGAAGACGUCAGCCAGCUCCACAAGAUGACAUCCCUGAGCAUCGAUGACACGCAGCACGGGGGGGACCUGCUGCCCCCCUACCCCUGGGCCGAGGAGGAGCCCCCCCCCUUUGCUGGCCACUGCCCCCCGGGGGGGCCCUUUGGGCCUCCCCCCCCAGCCCUGCUCCAGGGGGAGGCGGGGGGCACCCGCGGGGGCCCUGAGCUGCUCCCCGGCGCCCUCGCUGAGAUGGGGCCCCCCCUGGGCCCCCCGGGACCCUCAUCCACCUGCCCGGUGCCACCGACAGAGCACCUGAUCCCCGACCUGCUCGUCAGCCCCCACAUGCUGCCACGUGAGCGGG